AUGAGCAUCUGGAGUUCUGCUCAAACCGGUAUCCUUACCAAGGAGAAGAUUGAGGAAUACCUCCAAAAAGAUUCUACCCUCACCAUUGAUUCCGAAGACAAGUCUGGGCUCACACCACUAGCGUACGCUCUGCAGGGUGGAAAUACCAAAAUCGUCGAGCUUCUCCUGAAGAAUGGCGCUAAAGUGGACAAGAAGAUCGGAGAGACCAUAAAACCUCAGGACCUCAGGACUCCUCUGUACCUUGCAGCUACUGCCCGGAAAGAUCCAGCCAGGUGCGUGCAGCUCGUUCUGGAGAAGAAUCCCCAAACAUUAGACGAACCUGUGCCUGGGUCAUGGAAAGAUCAAACGCCUUUGAUGGCCGCUGUUGCCCAGCCAAACCCCAGUGCUGAAGUCAUCAAACUACUCCGCACGCAAGGUGCUUCUCUUGACAAAAGGAAUUCCGAGGGCAAGUCUGCCGAGGAUAUCGCACAGGCGCUUCACCCUCAGAGGCAGGAUAUCAAAGAUGCGUUGAAGGUUGUACCUUCCAAACAGCGCGGUGGUCUUUCCAACUACAUCCAGGGAUGGGUGUUCUCCGUCCUGAAGUACUUCAACAUCUGGACCCCUUUGAACAAGAUCUUCGGCUCUUCGGCUAGGUACUUCUACCGACUGACGUCACCUACUGGAGUAACUCCUGGACUGUUUGAUGACGAACCUCAAACAGCAGCACAAUUCAAAAACAACCUGGACAUGACUGUGAAAGAAAAAGGACUCGACAAAUUCUUCCCACCUAACGACCCGUUCAUCAAAGAAGUGGCGGAAAACGCAGCAAAGCUCAAGGACGAUCCGAACAACCUUCUCAAGCAGCCCAAUCAAAUCCAGGAUCUUUCUAACUUAGCAUUGUACCAACCUGUUCUAUACUGCGAUGACUCCGGCUCGAUGCAGGAAGGAUCCCGCUGGCCAUCCCAAAAGGAACUCAUCGCCAAAAUAGCAAACAUCACCAGUCGUGCAGUACCCAAAAACAAGGGUGCCCAUCUCCGCUUCAUCAAUAAAGUUCUGACCGCUGCAGACAAUCUGAACAGCGAUCAAGUCGCGGCAAACGUUGGCUUCACGCCAGCCGGCGGCACCCCUAUCGGAACUCAGCUCCGUAACAAGAUACUCCAACCGCUCAUCUACGACGUGAUUGAUGCCAACAAGCCCCUCGAGCGCCCAUACCUCAUUAUAAUUACUACCGAUGGAUGUCCAAACAAUGAACCUGAGGACACAUUGAGGAAUGCAGUGCUAGAAUGUGCGGAAAAGCUGAAUAAGAAGGGCUAUCGCAGAGAUGCUGUCAUGUUUUGUCUGAAUCAAAUCGGUGAUGACGAUCAAGCAAAGCAAUUCUUGAAUAACAUCGAGGCGGACAUCGAGGUUCAGAAAACACUUCACAGGACUUCGGAGCUGCUUGAUGACAGGUACGAGGAUCUGAAGGAGAAUGGCGCCGAAUUGGAGGCUUGGUUGUUGGUCAUGCUGCUUUCUCCUCUACAGUCUAUCAAUAAGGCAUGA